GCUCUCCUAUCACCUGCGUCGCCGCUCUUGACCGAUACCAGCCCAAGGCCCAUUUCGGACCAGAACACCAAAAUCUCCAUUUCUACUCCCCGACAUCGUCCCCAAUCGUCCUGGAAGAGCAGCCGGCGACAGCAAUUCCUUCGUGCAAUUCCGUGAUUUUGCUGCUGACUCUCUUUCUUGUCCCUCGUUUACUCGCCCUUUUUGAUUGAUCGAUUGCCACUCUCGGCAGGCAUGUGUGGACUGGUCUUGUAACACCAUUUCCCCUUUUUCUGCGACCCUCCAGUCCCGAGUCCUCCACGCCGCCACCUCGGGCUUUCGAACUCGUCCUGUCCCUAUGCGACGCACGUCGGUAUCGCUGCCGACAAAGCACAUUGCCUACGAUCCCCACGAGAAGCCUGAUCGCUACAGCGACACCAACCGGGAGCCAACCUUGCUGAUGAAGAUGCAAUCUGCUUGGGUGACGCAGUCGCAGCGCGCCCGCUACAUCAAGACUGGCGCCAUACUUUUUGUCGUGUUCGUUUUGUUCUUUUACUUUUCGCCGGCCGGGGUGGAUCUCUAUGGUGGAGUAUCAUCAGGUUCGUCGGGUCAAGGUCAGACACCGUCGGAUUCGUCCUACGGCACUGAGAGAUGCACAAAGUCCUAUUCAAAGGACAAGCCGAUCGUGCAAUAUGUCCUCAUGAUUGACGCCGGCAGCACUGGGUCGCGCAUCCAUGUCUACAAGUUCAACAAUUGCGGGGCAGCGCCCGAGCUCGAGGGCGAGGUCCUAUUCAAGAUGACCGAAAAGAUCGAAGGCGGGAGCAGCGGCUUGAGUCGAUACAAGGAUGAUCCGGAGGCGGCCGCUAAGAGCUUGGAUCCUCUCCUCGAUGCGGCUCUCGGGGUCGUUCCAGAUAAGUUGAAGCCUUGCAGCCCCAUCGCCGUCAAGGCCACUGCUGGUCUGCGUCUGGUGGGCCCGGAGAAGAGCCAGAAGAUUUUGGACGCCGUCAGAGACCGCCUCGAGCACAACUACCCCUUUCCCGUCGUAUCCAAGGAGGACCAUGGCGUGGACAUCAUGGACGGUUCCGAUGAGGGCGUCUACGCGUGGAUUACAACCAAUUACCUGCUAGGCAAGAUUGGCGGGCCUGACCGCAGCGAGACGGCAGCCGUGUUUGAUCUUGGUGGCGGCUCGACGCAAAUUGUCUUCCAGCCCAACUUUGAGGGCCUCACCUCCGGCGGCAUGCCCGAGAAGCUGGCCGAGGGCGACCACAAGUACGAACUUGACUUCGGCGGACGCAAGUUUAGCCUCUACCAGCACUCUCAUUUGCACUAUGGCCUUAUGGCUGCACGGGAUACCAUAUUUUCCACCCUCGUCAACGACGUCUACGAGGCGCACAAGGACGACCGUUCUUGGCUGGAAAAGCCCAUCAUCAACCCCUGCUUCGCAUCCGGCAUGUCCAAGCUUAUCAAUGUCACUCUGCCUGACAACCAUCCUCUUGGCAGCAAACUUGAAAACCUCAACAUGACGGGCCCAGCGUCUCCUGCACCCGCGCAAUGCCGCAGGCUCGCGGAGCGCAUCCUCAAAAAGGAUGCCGAGUGCAAGCUCGCGCCGUGCUCCUUCAACGGCGUGCACCAGCCAUCUAUCGCGAAGACGUUUUCCAAAGAGGACAUUUAUUUCCUCUCGUACUUUUACGACCGAACCAACCCGUUGGGCAUGCCCGACUCAUUCACGCUCCGCGAGCUGGCCGACCUCGCUAAGCGCGUGUGCGGCGGCGAGUCGUCCUGGGAUGUCUUCACAAGCGUCCCCGGGGCGCUUGAGGAGUUACGCGGCAGGCCUGAGCACUGCCUGGAUCUGAAUUUCAUGCUUGCGCUUACCCACACCGGCUAUGAGAUGCCGCUUGACCGUGAGGUGAGGAUCGCCAAGAAGAUCAAGGGGAAUGAGCUCGGCUGGUGCUUGGGGGCUAGCUUGCCGUUGCUAUCUAAGAGGUCGGGCUGGCAAUGCAAGAUUACCGAGCUGCACUAAAGGAAGGAAGAGGAAAUAAGCAAUCAUUCAGGAAUAUCACUCAGCGUUAGCUGUUAUAAUAAUGCAUCUGCCGGGGUCGGCUGGGCCAAAGGACCGCGAAUUUCUGCUUAUAUCGGCGUUUACCAGGGGGUAUCGAAGCCAGGCACUACCGAAAUGUUUAUAGAUGGGGACUUUAUGCGGUAACAGGGACUGUUCCCAGUCCCGUCAUGAACGAAAAAUGGGAGGAGAGGAAAGCAGAGCACUAUAUGAUAUUACGUAGGACAGGCACUAAUACCUUAGAAACCGGAAUCAGGGACAUUGUAUGUACCGUACUACCAUCCUGGCUCUAUGUCUUAUUCUUUAUUAUUCUUGCCUGCUUGAUGAGACGACAGGCUACUUAAUCUAUUCGCGUCCGAAAAGA